CAGGGGCAGACUGACCAUUUGGAAACUCGGGCACUGGCCGAGGGCCCGAGGUCAGUAAGAGGCCCCAUGAGAUGCCCCUGGUACCUUUUUCAUAGGCUUUUUUGAGUUUGGGCAAGGACACAGGGGCCCCAUGAUUCCCUAUUGCCCGGGGGCCCCAUGAGUUGUCAGUCCACCCCAUUCAGAGGCCACCUUAUCGGUACCCAUCAGUGCCCAUCAAUGCAGCCUAUCAGUGCCCAUCAGCGCAGCCUCAUCAGUGCCCAU